UGCCACUUGGCGUUAAAUAAAUAAAAUAAAAUAAUAUAUUUAAAAUACGGUGACCAUGGAGUCCGUGAACGCGAAACAAAUCGAUCCACGAAUGUUGUGGCACUCUUAUCGAUUUUGCCCCCGGUUGAAAAUAAAUUUCACCUAGUCACACAACAUUAAAACCUUUCGUGCUAUAAACAUCGGAGUCUCUCCUGUCUUCUACAUAAUAAAAAAAAAAUAUAUUAAAAAAAAAAACUAAAACUUACUUAUUAAUUUCAUUACAGUGAAAAUGGCUACGUUGAGUGAAAACAUAUUUAUAAACGCAAAAAUCGGUGGAAGUACUCGCGGAAAUUACGUGAUAACUCCAAAAAUUCCCGACGGAUUAGCCGCAGCUGUUGAAAGUUUAACCCGAGAAGUGAUUCGGCACCAUCCUCCGGAUAUUUACGUGUUUGCUGCCCAGCAUUUUUCAAACUUGCUUCAACUGCGUGACCAGAACUACCCGAAGAUCAAUAGACACCACUCACAGCCUGUUUUAUACGACUCUUCGUCUUCAUCUGUCUCAUCAAGCUGCCAAGUAACCCGUGAAUCUCCCUGCGAGUGGCAGCAGUACCAUUAUUAUCAUCAGCAAAAAACUUCAAAGCGGUCUAAUCCUAAUUAUUAUUCCCAGUAUGAAAGAACCCGCGACUUUCCCGUAGUGAUAACCGAGCACCAUCACCACCACCACCACCACCAGCGAAGAAAAUCCCGGGAUAUAAAGAGCCAGUCUCCAAGCGUGAUCAGCAACGACGAGAUGCUCGCCAAGGACAUCAAGACCAAGCUGAAGAAAAACAGAAUUAGCAGCCGCGAAAGAAGCGAAUCUAUGAGGAGCAACAAAGCAGUGACUACUUCAAUGACUAACUUGAGUAUGAACAAAGUUAAAGAUUAUGUAGUCAAUAAAUUUUCACAGUCUUCAAGCUUUGAUGAUCCUCCUAAUUACGUCUCCAAAGUCCAGGAUGUUAUCAAUGCAACUGAACCAAUUAUUAAUGAGAAGUUAAAAAUAUUCAGAGAAACUAAAUCACUUUCUCGACAGUCUACUCACAGUCAGACUCAAGAAUUUGAGAAUAAUUCUAAUGCUCUAGAGGCUAGGUUGAAUGAAACGCACAAUAUUCUAAAGGAUAUUUCAUCGUGUUUUCCAAUGAGGAGCAAUAAAAAUCGGCCGCAUUCUGCUGAGUUUGUAACUAGUGCAGCUAGUCGUCGUCGGAAGUAUAAUGAAGCUACUGAUGAAUUGGAGGCGAUGUUACAUGAGACUCAUAAUCUUCUGCAAGGUAUUUCAAGCAGUUUGUUGCAAGAAAAUAAUCUGAGGAAAUUCAAGCAAGAUCAUCUUCCUUCGGUUCAAUUUACUGCGGUUAAAGAUGCUGUCAAGGUUUGUGAUAAUAAGAGCUUGUUUGGUAGCUUUGCUCUUCCACCAGUUGUUACUACUAGUAGCAGCAGUUCUUCUGUUGCUAAUGAUGAUCAGAUUUUUAAAGUUGAAAAGGUUAGACAAGAUUUGACGCUUCCUGUUUUGAUACCUGCUGUUGUUGAUAAUAGUUGUGAUAUUGAAGAAGAAGCUAAAGAUGAAACUAAAAAUCAAGCUAAAGAUGAAGCUGAAGCUAAAAUUGAAGCUAAUGAUCAAACUAAAGAUGAAGCUGAAGCUAAAGAUCAAACUAAAGAUGAAGCUGAAGCUAAAAAUGAAGCUAGAGAUCAAAAUGAAGCUAAAAAUGAAGUUAAAGAUGAAGCUGAAGCUAAAGAUGAAGCUGAAGCUAAAAAUGAAGCUAAUGAUGAAGCUGAAGCUAAAGAUCAAACUAAAAAUGAAGCUAAAGCUAAAAAUGAAGCUGAAGCUAAAAAUGAAGCUAAAGAUGAAGCUAAAAAUGAAACUAAAGCUAAAAAUGAAGCUAAAGAUGAAGAUGAAGCUAAAAAUGAAGCUAAAGAUGAAGCUAAAAAUGAAACUGAAGCUAGAAAUGAAGUUAAAGAUGAAUCUAAAGAUAAAAAUGAAGCUGAAGCUAAAGAAAAAGAAAUUAAAGAAGAAACUUAUUAUAUUUUAACUGAAGAUAAUGAUAAGUCAACAAUUCCAAGUAAUAUAACUACAGUUAUAAUUCCGGACCGGAUUAAAUCAAAUAAUGAGCUAGAACUUCAGUCUGAUCCACUCUUAGAUUCUUUUGGAGAAGUUAUUGUCGCACAGCCGAUAGAAUCUGCGAUUUCUAUCAACGAUUUGGUGGAUCCAGAUGAUUUGAUGAUGAAGAAUAAGGUUCGAGUUAUUAAACAAGAUUUGCAGUGUAUAAAUGAAGAGGAAGGAGGUGAAGAUUCUCCUAGCAGUCGAACUGAAACUGGUGAUCAGAAAAAUCAAGUUGAGAUUGAGAGCGAUCAUGAAUUGAAAGUUAUUGAUUAUCAGAAAGAAGAAAUGACUUCUUCUGUAAAAGAAACGAGUGUUGAAACUGACCUAGGAUCACCGAAGAGUUUGGGCGGGAGAGGAGAGACCGAGCAGAGUAGCGGUGAUGGAGGAGAUGUCGGUGAAUCGAUUACUGACUUGGCUGAGUCGUCUUCUAAUGAAGCUAAAGAGACUACUGUUACAGAUAAUUGCACCACGGAGCCUCUGAUUCAAAGCCUGUCGCUGGACGAACCGGUGAGACCAUUUGUGCCUGAAUUGAACCUUGAUUCUCUUCAAGAUAUUACGGUGUCUUCAUUCAAGCUUACUCCGACUGAUGACGAGUCCGAGCAACCUGAAGAUAAUGAAAUUUCUAAUACUCUGAUUGAGAGUGGAGAUGUGUUUACUACUGCGACUGUUGAUAAUUCUAGUGAGAAGAUUGAAGAUGUUUGCUGUCUGCAGGUAGAAUCUGAUAAGAGUGAUAAAGAUGGAGAGGAAAUUUCUUUGGAGGUGGAGAAAGUGUCUGGGGGGUUUAAUGAUGAGAAGGUUGAUGAGGUUCUUGAAGAAUAUUCUGAUAAAGAAGACAAACAAGAGCCUGAUGGGGAAAAUGAUAUGGCGAGAUUUAAUAGGGCGCUGAUUGUUAUCCAAGCUGCUAUUCGAGGAUUUCUUGCACGUCGCCGGCGUCGUCAGUUGGAAAAAAUUAAAGAAGAUAAUUUAAUCAGUAGUAUUUUGCUGGCUGAAGAUAAUACAAUGACUGAUGAUGAAGACGUCAGACAACCCUUAGUAAUUGUCGAGAUCGACGCAGCAGAAAGUCUAUCAGAGUCCCGGGAUAAAAUCGAAGAAGAAACCCAGGAGAAUUCUCUCCAGUCGCGUGAUCUUCGAAAGCGACUCCACCGAGAAAACGCAAUGCAAAAAACCACGACAAUGUCUACAGAAACUUCGCCCGUGGAUAUUCCUAGUAAUGAGCAAGACUAUGGGUUGCAGCACACCGGAGAAUUCCACGACUGUAUCGUUCUACCCGCUGAUGGUUUCGACUCGCUGAUGAACAGCAGCACAUUUUACCGCCGUCAUCCUCGGUACGCUGGGAAGAAUACCAGCGAGGAUCCAAAAGAAGAUCAUGACCAGGAUGAAAAUGACGACUCUUCCGACGACAAUCAGGUUCUUAAAAACUGGACCCAAGAUGGGCACAAGACAAUUACUGAUCGCCAUGAUGAUCAACAAAUUAAUAAUCAUAUUAAUCAUGGUAGUACUGAUACUGGUAAAUUUACCGCAAGCAGCAGUGUAAUUAUUUUAAGUAACACCACUCCAAUCAUUCCACCAACAAUUGGCUUCCCACUUUUUGAUUUUGGAUUAAACCCACUCACUCAGUCACACAUGCCAGGAAUUUACAAUUACAAUUACGUUGACAAUGAUUUAGGCGUUAAUAUUAAUAAUAAUAAUAAUAAUAAUAAUAAUAUUGCUUCAUCGCCAACGAGUUUGGAUAAUGAUUCUUUAACUAAUGAGGGAGUAAUUAUUACUGAAGAAAUCAAUGAGCCAGAAGAAGAUAAUCAAGUUGAAAUUAUUAAAGAAGAAAUAAAAUGCAAUGGUGUUAAUAAAAUUUGCGAAGAACCGGAGGAACAUCAGAAUAUUAAACCAUUGAAGUUAUUAAAUGGUAAAAAAGAUGACCAAGUUCUGAAAUGCGGUCUAGGAAACUUGUCAUCUAUUUUUGAUCAAUCUAUUAUCAAUCUACCUGGUCCAAUUCCUACCAACGUGCCUUUGGCUUCGCCGAUUAGCAUCAAACUUCUAGAAAACAAUUUAUUGAACGUUGUCUUUGGCAAUGGAAACUCUAUUCCUAUUACACUGAUGCAGAAUAUUCCAACGAAAGAGUCUCUGCUUUACACUAACGGCAAUCACCACCAUGAAGAUGAUGAAGUUAAAAAUAAAUUGUCUUAAUUUU